CAGAUCAAAAUGGCUGGCGGAGCGAGCUCUUUGGAUGGGAAGCUUCUUGUUGCUGCCAUGGACUUUGGGACAGCAUACAGUGGUUAUGCCUUUUCUUUUCGAAGUGAUUAUCGACUUGAUCCCUUAAAGAUUGAAGUAAACCACUGGACCGGAAAUGCAUCCCAAACGAUGUCACCGAAAGCUCCUUCAUCUGUUCUCUUGAAUCCUGACAAAACCUUUAAAUCGUUUGGAUACACGGCAGAGGAAGAAUAUUCAAGUCUUGUCGAGAAUGGACAGCACCAAGAAUGGUACUUCUUUACGAAGAUUAAAAUGAGACUGCUUUAUAAGGAGAAAAUCUCUCGAACAGACAUCAUAGAAGAUGAAAGCGGUAAACCGAUGUUAGGGCUAACCAUUCUUGGUAUGAUCAUUCGAUAUCUUAAGAACGAUUUAUUUAAAAAAUUGGAACAAAGAGGAACGUCUCUGAGAGAUCAAGACAUAUUAUGGGUAGUAACGGUUCCAGCUAUCUGGUCAGAUGCUGCAAAACAGUUUACAAAAGAGGCGACAAAAGAGGCAGGAAUAAAAUCUGAUGACGUCAUGCUUGUGUAUGAACCAGAAGCUGCAGCACUGUAUUGCCGAUUUCAAAAUAUGCAAAACAUGUUUAAUGCAGAAGAGAAAAGCUAUUUGUCGAGGAAGAAGAUGUUGGUGUUUGAUAUGGGAGGGGGCACAACAGACAUAAGCGUCAUCGAAAUAAAAAGUGAGAAAGAAAUUCACAUCGUAGAACGAGCUUGUGGAGGAGCCUUUGGUGGAGUCUUCAUAAACAACAAAUUUAUUCUAUGGCUGGAAGACGUGUUUGGAAAAGAUAUAAUAAAGGAAUUCAAAACGAAGCAUCGAUCUGAUUUUAUGCUACUUAUUGAAAAUUUUGAAACCAAAAAACGUUUAAUAAAACCUGGUGAUGACACAAAGCUGUGUUUUCAAAUACCACACUCCCUUAAAACAAGCUCUGAGAGGCGUUGGGGGUGUUCUUUGGAAGAACACUUCAUCAAAAUGGACAUAGUUGGUGUACAAGUUCACAAACGUGGAAAAAUUUUCAUCAUGUCUUCAUUUCUGCUGAAUAAUUUUUUUCUACCUAUUGCUAAAGACGUUUUUGAAAAAUUGCGGUUUGUUCUGUCAAAACAUGAAGAUAUAGACAGUGUGUUGGCCGUUGGAGGUUUGGCUCAGUCUUCAGCACUUGUUUCAGAGAUCCGGAAAUACGUCAAAGACAUACCUGUGUAUGUUCCGUUCGAUUCAGCCUUAGCAGUAGUCAGUGGGGCAGUGUUGUAUGGUCAUGGUAACAAUAUCAUUAAGGCUAGAGCAUGUCCUUAUUCUUAUGGUAUUCAAACAAUGAGGCCGUUUAUAAAAGGAGAUGAUGAAACUAAAAAGGUUGUUCAAGAAGGAGAAACGUGGUGCAAACAAUGCUUUAGAACCCUUUACAAAGCUGGAGAUCUCGUAAAACUAGGAGACGUGUCUUCAUACGACUUGGAAGAGUCAUUUGAAGAUGAAAACAGAAAGCAUAAGCGAUUUCUUCCCAUACGUUGCGUUCUGUUUAUAUCGAAUGAUAAAGAUGUAAGAUACGUCACCGACAAGGGGUGUACUGAACAUGGAACAAUUGAAAUUGAAGCCCCAGAAGAUGGAUUUCCAGUCCAUUAUGAAUGUACCGUUGAACUUGAAUUUGCCGGAACAGAGAUUAUUGCACGUUUAAAUGACAAGAAAGGAGCCAAAACCAUCAGGCUAGAAUUUAUGACUUAAAAAUGUAUUCUUUCUGUUUAUGUAUGAUGGUAUCUGUUUUUCACGACUGGACUUAUACAUAUAGUAACAUAUUGAGUAUAGGUCAGGAAAAUAACAAUAAAGACAAGUUAUUCUAUGUCUUUCAUACAGUCCAUACACACGACGUAUUUUGGAGGGUUUAUUACACUAUACAUCACUGUUUCAUUAAAUCAUAUUAAAGGGCUACAGAACCAUUUGAUAACCAUUUAUUGUGUGAGUAUUUUGUAUGUAAUCAUUUUAGACAAUUAAAUUUAGUAUCAUCUUAAACUAAAAUCAUGAAGAAAAAUAGACACUUCAUAACCUUAACAAGAAACCAGUUUCAUAUAUAUUGUUUAAUACAUCUUUUUAUGAUUUAUUAUGAGAGCACGUCAAACAAAUUUAUGAAGCAAUAUGCCAGUUUUAAAAUUGUGUAUGUAAAAUUAUAUUUAACAGGAACAUUCACAGUAACAUAAUUAUUUUUUUCGUUUUAGUCAUGGGAUAUGAGUUUGCAAAUUUCUCUCCCAUUUUCAUGAGUUCUUUGUAUAUCAUCUUAUUGAAAACUCUUCUUAUAUCUUUUAAAUUAAAAGUUUUCAAAUAAUCUAUUGUGUUUGUGUUUCUUAUAAACACACAGUGGUUCGGUAUCUUAAUCAAGUGUUGUUCAUUAUUUUCACUACAACAAGAAGUGUUUGCACUUUGAAGAAAAUCAAAGUUUGCUGUAUAUGUGUCUUUCUUUUAUUGAAUGA